CUCAGCGAAGUGGGGAGGAGUCCGUCACCUCCCCACCCCCAUCCCACUUUGGUGCCACCCUCAUAGAUGAACCCUGAGCCUGGGUGGCCAAGGACGCCAGAGAGGCUGCCGUUCGCUUGCCAGGGCACAGCACCUUUGGGCAGAACAUAAAGCCCCUGCGGCAGCUCACCCGGGCUAGGACCAUCGGCGCCCAGCUGCCCUGCAGCCGGCCGGAUUUCGCCAGGGCUGAGGUCAUGGCCAGGGCGGCUCUGGACCCUGCUCUCAGGACCACAUCCCUGUUCUCCUGACUGCCCUGUAUCCUCCGCAUCGCUGCUGGGGUUCACUCCAGUCGCGCCCAGGUCUACCGAUCUCUGUCCUAGAGAGCAGCUUGAGGCCACCGGCUUGGAUGGACGCGCUGAGGCUGCCCCGGCGUCCAGGGGUCCUGCUUCCGAAGUUGAUCCUGCUCUUUGUUUAUGCAGGAGAUUGCCUGGCGCAGUGUGGCAAAGAGUGCCGCUCUUACUGCUGUGACGGAAACACACCCUACUGCUGCUCCUACUACGCCUAUAUUGGGAACAUCCUCUCGGGCACGGCGAUUGCUGGCAUCGUGUUUGGAAUCGUGUUCAUCAUGGGGGUCAUUGCAGGAAUCGCCAUCUGCAUCUGCAUGUGCAUGAAGAACAACCGGGGGACCCGCGUUGGGGUCAUCAGAGCAGCACACAUCAAUGCCAUCUCCUAUCCCAUGGCACCGCCCCCCUAUACUUAUGACCACGAGAUGGAAUAUCGCACAGACCUGCCACCUCCAUACUCUGCAGCCCCACAAGCUUCAGCCCAGCGCUCUCCACCCCCUCCGUAUCCUGGAAAUCCAAGGAAAUAUUCCUCAUCCCAGAACAGAAUACAUGACAAUUAGCAAUUUUACCCAGAACAAAAUGCCUCAACUUAGAAACAUGCACAAAACUGAUUGUCUACUUGCUAGGGUCAGAUAACAUCUCAGGCAGAAUGUACACAUGGAGCAGGCUCUUUCCCUGCUCAGAGCUAGGUGGAGAAUUAGAAGUCAUAGAUUAAGUGAUCUGCGGAUCCACCCAGGCACAGUCAGAUCAAAGUGUUGCAAUUGGAAGGCUCCUGAUAAUCAUGCUGCUUUAGGAUGAGAUGAAGACAAAAUCAAUAUUGAACCUGGAAUAAAGAAGAACAGAGCAUAGUCUGAUCUACAUCAGGGAAAAGCUACAUUCCAUACAGCCUUAGGAGAACUAGAACAGAUCAUUAUUUCAUUUAUCCACAAAUAUGUAUCAAGUGCCUUAGAGCCCACUCUGUGCCUCGCAAUAUGAGGGGCCCUGGAUGGAAGUAACCAGAGGGAACUUUGGUUCUGGCACAGGCAUACCUCAUCCUGUUGCACUUUGACCUUUUGCACUUUGCAGGUAUUGCAUUUUUUACAAAUUGAAGGUUUGUGGUAACCUGGCACCAAACAGUGUCAUUUACCCACCACUAGGAGUGUACUUUUCCUAUCCUUGUAUCACAAGUUGGUCAUUCUCAACAGUAUUCCAAACAUUUUCAUCAUCGCUAUUAUUAUGUCUGUUAUGGUGAUCUGUGUUCAGCAAUAGUUGAUGUUGUUACAGUAGCCUUUGGGGGGGGGUGGAAUGUCACGAACUCUGCACAUAUAGAACAGUGAGAUUAAUAGACUGGUAAAUAUUAUGUGUGUCAUAUCUGCUCCACUGAAAAGCUCCAUCCCUCCUCUCUCUCUCUCUCCCUCCCUCCCUCCCCCAACUCAGGGAACAGUAUUGAAAUUAAGCCAAUUAAUAAGUCAACAAUGACCUCUAAGUGUUCAAGCUACAAGACUCAUAUAGUUCUUGCUUUUCUUGCUUUAACCCAAAACUGGAAAUACUUCAUCUUGGUGACAAAAGCAUGUUCAAAUCCAGGAGAGGCUGAAAGGCCAGCAUCUAUGCCAGCUCGUUAGUUAAGCCAUAAACACAGAUGCGGCUUUCCCAAAGGAAGCUAAAAUGUCUCUCUCCAAACACACAACUGAUAGAAAAGAAAGAAAACAGCGACCUCAUCGUUUAUAAGAACUCUUCAGUGGUGUGUGCAGCCAUCAAAACAGCCACAUUCCCUCAAGUCAUAAAGCUUGAUUCAGAGCUAAGACCUAACUCUUCAUUCUACAAAGGUUGGCAGAGGCGAAGAAGAAUCAUAGCUUGCCUGCUAUAAGAGAAAGAUUGUGAGGAGCAGAGAUCAGGUCCUGAAGUGAAGGAAAGGAGCUACCCCUGUAGUAUCAAAGGGGAAAGCGAAGCCUCAGGCACUGCAAUGGAGGUUGCUGCCUGUUCUCCCAAAGACCUCAAUAGAUCACACAUAAGAUGGCUGCCUGGUGUAAAUGAAAGACCCUCCUAUGGAAAGACUUAUCUUCUAGAACUUCCCCAGCCAGAGAAAAGAAGCCAUCCUAAUCCCACACCUUAAAAGACAGCCUGGCUUUCUUGUUAGUGUCUAUUCCACAACUUUCACGUGAAGUCAAUGUUCAAUGUUCAUUUUCUAGUCAAAACUCCUUGUCCUCUUAAGCAUAUGCAAAGUUUGCUCUGCCCAUAGUCUAUAAAUAGAACAACCAGGUCUAUUUUGGAUGUCACUUAAUGAAUGUUUUAAACCAAGUGUUGAGACUGCUCAGGGAAAAAACAAGGUUUCUUUUAAAACCUUACUGCUCCUUGACAAUGCACUGUUCAUCUAAGAGCUCUGAUGGAGAUGUACAAAGAAAUAAAGGAUGUUUCUCAAAUUUAUGAGUGAUUCCAGUCCCACUCUGUGUCCCUUAGACUAUGAUUUACCUCAACUUCUAUGUCUCAUUUUUUAAUAACUACCUUUUUAAAGGUCAUAACUGACAUAGAAAUGGGAACUUCUGGGGGCUUGGCAAAGUCAUGGAAAGAACCCACAAUUGUAGAUCCAUGACUCACAAGAAGUCAAGAGGUCAGUACUAAUACACAUUUGGAGGAAGUAGAUUUUUGCCCUCGUACAUAAUGUUGCCUUUGUUAGGGCUUUGGUGGGGAAGUACCUACAGAUAUGGUAAACCCACAAAGGCGUUGAAGGUGCAGUUCACUUACUAUGUCUUAUGAUAUCACUGUGAGAGGAACAAUUGCUUCUUAUGGUAAGCAAUGAAAGGAGGUUUUGGUUCUUCUGGUGAAACAUGCUCCUCGUGAAAGGUGCUGUGGACAAAGAUGAGGUGACAGCAGAGGGUUUAGAGUAUUUAUAAGUGACUUGAGAAGUCAGCAACCAGAUUGGAGAAAAUUACAAUUUUCAAGGAAGAAACACUGUGCAUUAAAAGCCACCAAAGAGUAUCACUUGCCACCUCGAACUCUUUCAUGAAGAGAAGUUUCAUGAAACCCAUCUAUCAGACUUCAUUGUCAUAUUAUUUGAAGGAACUGACAGUCUUCCAAAAUGAGCAACCACCAACCUAAUCGCCAGCAACUCUCACCCCACUGCUACCAAUAAGAUUUAGACCUGCUGAAAGCUCCAGUGCUAGUUGCCAUUUUUAGCACAAAAUAUUUUAAUGAGGGUAUACACAAUGCUUUGAAGACCCUUAACAAACUAUAGUCUAGUAUAAACGUAACUUGAAUGUGCUCUGGAAAGCUAAAAAGUCUUUGUGUGAUUCUCUUGUGAAACUUGCUUUACAAGAGAGACAAGCAACUUCAUAAAUGACAUCGAAGUGUUACUGGUACGGGUAUAUCAAACACAUGCCAUCUCUAAAUUACGUUUGUAAAACAAAACCAAGCAAGCCAACAACGAACACCAGUUGCAGCUUUCCUGUUGACUAGCUAACUUUGUGAAGCCCUUCUAUCAAGAUUCCAAACAAAAGGUGUUGGUGUGGUAAAGAAAUAUUCUAGAAAGGAUGUCUAAAAUGAAUAACGGGUCAAACUUUCUGCUUUUGUCUUAGGUAGGUGUGACCAGCUGUGUCUGCAGCAAUGAAUGCUGCCAAUCAAUCUUAUCCAUUAUCUUUGACAAUUUAAAAGAGAUCAAAGGUCCCCAACAGGUUCUGGGAGCUAAGAUCUCCAUAGUCAUUACUAACCCCUCCUAAAAACCCACAUGGUGUUAGUCACUGGUAUAUGAGGGUUGCUCCAACUGUGGAAUGAAUGGUGAGAAACCAAACAUUCUCAGGGUUUUAUAUCAGUAAUAAAAUGUGUCAUUUGACUGUAGAUGAAAGACCUUUUUAAAUGGAAAAAUAAAUGCUCAAAUACAGUAGCCAUUUCUUCCAUUUUAUAAACUUUAAUCUUUUAGACAAGUUAUAUAAUUAAUGGGAAAGACAAGAAGGCACGGGGUUGCCUUUUGCCUGAAUACUAGUUUUUGUGAAGUACUUCCUUUAAAUGUAAAAGCAAUCAAUGAAAUAUUCCAAUGUGUCAUGUUCUACAAUAAGUGGCCCUAACAUUCAUAUUUUUACGUGGGUCUUUUUGUGUACUUUUAAACUGUUUGCCAAAAACUAGAGAUAGAUGACCAGACCUUAAUACCACUUUAAAAGAAAAUCUAAAACAUUCAAUCCAGUAUCAUGAUUAUAAUUCAGUGACAUUCCAAAAUGACACUAAGACACUUCAUAAAUAACCAAAAGAAAUAUCUUAUAAUAUAAGUUAUGGAAUAUGAGCCUGUAGUCGAGGAAUUUAAUAUGAACAAAUAGUGCCUUUUAUUGUAUCAAAUAUCUACAGUUGAAAUGUGUGGGAUUGACUGAAAAUGGUCUACCGAAGGUAUUAAGGCUAGAUUUGUUUUGAGUGACUUGCUUGGCUUUGGAAAGAAUAAUCUUAGCUUCAAAGAUGUGAAGCCUUCAGGGAUCCUGUCUGUUCCAGUAAGAGGCUUCCUGCCUGGCAUGAAGUAUUAGCAUAGUGUCCACAGUACAUGGGCUAUGAUUUAUUUUUCUUCCACCAAUGUGAUUAGUUUCCACUGUUCUCCAGCAAGAGUCCGCAAUGCCAAAGUCAUGGUGAUCUGAGAAUGUUGUCUGUCUGCAAAUCUACUACACAUUUCUAAA